AUGCAGCCCCCGCCAGCUCCUGCUCAGAAACCGCAUCUCGUCUGGGAUUGGGACAUAGAGCAUGCCGAUAGGCAGGCCGAGCGAAAGGCCGACGCCGCCGUCCACGGCGCGAUCCCGUUCGAGGUCGACAGGAAGCUCCUCAAAGACAUCGUCAAGGAGCGUAUGGGCGCGGAUGUCGCGCGUAUCAAGUAUCUCGGUGCAGGCACAUUCCACAAGGGAUACUUGGUUACAUUGGUCGAUGCGCGCGAAGUCGUCGCACGAGUUGCACGCCGCUUCAUGCCACGGUUAAAGACCGAGUCUGAAGUGGCCACAAUGCGCUAUCUCCGCGAACAUACAGAUGUACCAGUACCAGAGGUCUACCAGUACGACGCUAACCCCUACAACCGAUUAGGGGGCGAGUACAUUCUCAUGUCGAAGGCACCGGGCAUACCGUUGUCGAAAGUGUUCCACUCCAUGCCGCAUUCUACGAUGGUUGCGCUGUUAGAGAACGUCUCGAUGAUGAUUCUUCCGCUCUUCGCACACCGGUUUCCUAUGAUCGGUUCAUUAUACGACGGACCAGACCCACACGUUGCUUCGAACAUCACGUCUUCGCUACCCACGCCCACGCCAUCCUCCUAUACCCGUCUUACCAAUAUCUCCGACGCCGUGUCGAAGCUCGAAUCGCAACAAGAUUCGUCGAAGGAGUUCCAUGUUGGUCCGAUCGUCUCUUGGCCGUUCUUCGGCUCGAACAGGGGCGACCUCUUGCACCCGGACGAACUCAACCGCGGACCCUGGCCGACGACACGCGAAUAUCUGCUUUCGUGCGCCGAGCGUGAAGUACGGGGUGUUAUUCUAGAGAAUGAAGGCAAAGCCGCGCCGCACAAACUCCAUCUCGACCCCGACGAGAUCCUGAGCUCGCGCCACCACAAGGUGACGGCGCUUUCCGACGAUCAAAGCGACACCUCGGACGAGUGGGACUGGGAGGAGAGCGAGGCCGAAUGGGAUGGCCCGGGCGACACGAUGUACCAGGAUUAUCGUCGCAUGCAGCGCACUACUUUCCUUGUCGCGCACCUCAAGGAGCGCGAGCAACGCGUACAGGCCGAGAUGACGCGCUUCCUGAGCAUGAUGGAGCGCCUGGGCGCGGUGAACCACGACGAGGGCGACGGCGGCGGAGGCGGAGGCGCACCAGAGGGGUUCACGCUCGACUGCCAUGACCUGAACCUCGAGAACGUCUUCGUUGACGAGGACGAUAACUCGAAGAUCACGUGCAUCAUAGAUUGGGAGUCUACUACCACCCGCCCGCUCUGGGCAUGUGCACACGUCCCGGCGUUCCUUCAGUCCUCCCCCUUCACCGCGAAGCUUUUCCGCGCAACAGUCGAGCGCAUCGCGCGCACUCCGCGGACGGUCACUGUUCUCGGCAAGUCCAUGGAUGUCGCUGCGAUUGCAACCGAGUGGUUGCACCACGAGGCGUCGGGCACGCGCCUGCGGCUCGCGCACCGCUGCAUCGAGUGGGACGGCUGGGAGGAGGGGCUCGUCGAGAGCAUCCUCGGGCCGGAGGACCAGGAGGAAGACUGGUUCAAGACGUGGGACGAGGCUGACGCCGGCGAGGCGCCGCACUCCCCCGCGGAGGAGGGCGACCUCCCCGGCGACGCCGACGAUGAGCGACCCGCACCGCCCCCGUCGGACUCCCCGCUCGUGUCUGGAUCGCCGACUCUGACGGCGUCGACGAGCGAAGGCGAGGACGGGCUGAAGCAGCGCAAGGCGAGCGGGGGCGCGGCGAUGCUCGCGGCGCCGAAGAUCGUCGUCGCGGCCGAGAAGGCGCGCGAGAAGCUACUGAACGCCACGGGCGACUUCUGUGGCGGGCGCGGCGGCGAGCUCGGGCGGCGCCUCGAGGCGUGGCUGUACGUCAACGGCGACGAGGACGGGCGGGUCGACAUCGGCCGACGGUGGGAGGGCGACGAGGGCGAGGGCGAGGCUGCCCACCAGGAGGUGUCGUAG